UCCACUCUAUUUCCCUUGCAGACAAGUCUGGUCAAAAACGUUGAAGCCUUGAAGCCUGCACCUUCCAUGGCACUUUUCAUUUUCUUACUCUUCCCUUUAAAAUAUUUCCCAAGAAAUGUCUCUUUGCAUUUUCUUCAUCUCCUUUUAAGCCCCUCUCUCUACUUCCCCUAACACUCAUCAUAUCUCUACCUAGCUAGCCACCAUAGCAACAGUCUUCUUCUUCUUCUUCUUCUUCUUCUUCUUCUACCUUCUUUUCUUGUACAUACAUCUUUAAGAUCACUCAAGAAAUUAACCCAAAAAUCCAGAAAGGAAAAGAAGAGAUGGGUUUUGCAAUGGAAGAGAAAUCAAUUAUUAUAAUAUUGAGAAUUUUGAAGACUGUUUUCUUCUUGAUUACCAUGUUAAUCUCUUUCCUUCUUUUCUCUGCUCCUGUUCUUCUUGUUAUAGCUGAUACCCUUCUUCCUUUUUCUCUUCUAUCUGCUUCUCUUUCUUCUUCUUCUUCUUCUUCUUUAUCUUUUAAAACCCUCUCUACCCAUUUCAGUAACUAUGAUUUUAGAUAUUCCCUCAUUGAUAUUCCCCUCGUAUCCAUCAUAAGAUCAGCAGUCAUCAUCUGUGUUUACAGCUUGUGUGAUGGGCCAAGGCUUUCAGGAGGACCAUACUUGGGGAUUACAACUAUAUGUUCUGUGUUAUCUCUAAUUUAUGUGACAUUGAAAGCACCAUAUGUGUUCAGUGUUUCAAGAAUGAAUGAUGGAGAAGAGUAUGUAAAAGCCAUGGAAAUUGCCUUGUUCAUUUGCUCAUGGGUUUUAGCAAUUGGUCAUAUAGUUGUGGCAUAUAGAACAAGUUGCAAAGAAAGAAGAAAGCUUCUGGUUUACAAAAUUGACAUUGAAGCUGUUUCUGCUUUCAAGAAUGGAUUUCCUGGGUAUAAAAAGAUUCCAAAACAAGAGAGAGUAAAGUGAUUUCUGCAGUAACAAUCAAUGAAUUCAAGGACUAACAACAACAUUACACAGAUUUCUAUUUUUUUUUCUUCAUUUCUCUCAUUAGCAAAAUCAAAUUCUUCAGUGUCCAGUUGCAGGCUUAUCCAAAGGCAACCUGCAAGCUAGAGAUUUACUGGGGAAGCCAAACUAACAAAAGGGAUUUUGAGUACAUAUGCCAAAAUAUUAAAUUUGUCUUUAAAAUUAUAAGAUUUCGAGUUUAGAUUUUAAUCAGAAUUGUAUAUCAGUGGUUUUUGAUUCACUAUAGAGGCUGUGGCUAGAGGAUACAUCUAGCAUUUUUUUUUUAAUUUUCUUUUUUAGUUUUAAGUCAUAUAGAUUUUUUUGUACUUAUUUAAUGUUGAAGGGUGAUUGCAUACUAUCCAAUACCCUUGUUAUGAAACCCAAUUGUUAAAUGUGGGAUAUGAACUUGUGCAAGAUGUUCUAAUCAAGAAUCUUUUCCUACUA